AUGUUGAGAUCGUGCUACAGACCAUUAGAGAGGUGUUUUGGUCGGGUAGCAGGUGGUGGUGGUGAUGGAUUGAUGUGGCAUGCGGAUUUGAAACAACAUGCGUCUGGUGAUUAUUCAAUUGCGGUUGUUCAAGCCAAUUCUAAUUUAGAAGAUCAAAGUCAGGUUUUUACGUCUCCGUCCGCUACUUAUGUUGGUGUUUAUGAUGGUCAUGGUGGUCCGGAAGCUUCCCGAUUUGUUAAUAAACAUUUGUUUCCUUACAUGCAUAAAUUUGCUACAGAGCAUGGUGGGUUAUCAGCAGAUGUGAUAAAGAAGGCAUUUAAUGCAACUGAAGAGGAAUUUUGUCAUUUAGUGAAGCGAUCAUUACCAUUGAAGCCGCAAAUUGCUUCAGUUGGGUCAUGUUGUUUGGUUGGUGCAAUUUCAAAUGAUGUGUUAUAUGUUGCAAAUCUCGGGGACUCCAGGGCAGUUCUUGGCCGAAGAGUUGACGAGGAUAAGAAAAAAGCGGUAGUGGCAGAAAGGUUAUCAACUGAUCACAAUGUUGCUGUGGAGGAGGUGAGAAAGGAGGUCGAGGCACUUCAUCCUGAUGAUUCACAUAUUGUAGUCAAUACUCGUGGAGUUUGGAGGAUUAAGGGCAUAAUCCAGGUGUCCAGAUCCAUUGGUGAUGUGUAUCUGAAGAAACCAGAGUUCAACAGGGACCCAAUUUUUCAGCAAUUUGGUAACCCUGUUCCUUUGAAACGGCCAGUAAUGACAGCAGAACCUUCAGUUCUUAUUAGAAAGUUAAGGCGGGAAGACUUGUUCCUGAUCUUUGCUUCAGAUGGUCUUUGGGAACAAUUGACAGAUGAAGUUGCUGUAGAGAUUGUUUUCAAAAAUCCUAGAGCUGGGAUUGCUAAGAGAUUGGUGAGAGCUGCUAUUCAGGAGGCUGCAAAGAAAAGAGAGAUGAGAUAUAAUGACAUAAAGAAAAUUGAAAAGGGAAUACGGCGGCAUUUUCAUGAUGAUAUUACUGUGAUUGUAAUUUAUCUUGAUCACCAAAAAGGUUCCUCCAAUGGUAGAUUAAAGAAUAAAGCUGUUGGCUGCACCAGCGCUCCUGUCGACAUUUUCUCCCUUAAUGCAGAUCAAGCAGAGGUGGACUUGCUUCAAACACUUUCUUGA